AUGAUGACCUCAACAAGCAAUCCAGACAAACAAGCCAACGGCGUUCCCCCAACUGACGUUGAGCAGCCAUCCAUGCUCAUCAGGGAAAAUUCCAUUCGGCAGCACUCGUCCAACAAAGUGAAUUUUGGAGUGCUUCUCGUCGCAUGGGCUGUCCUGGUCACUGCUGCAUUGGUUGCCGGCUACGUUUUCCUUUUCGCACCUAUUGUUGCUACAGAGGUGCCACUUAAACCAACGUCCAAUUUUACCAUCAAUGGACCAAUAGUUGUCACUCCUGAAAUCACUACAUCUCCCACACCAUUGGAUACCACGCUAGUUCCCUCUACUUCUCCAACCUUGGCUCCCACUGUGUCUAAGGAUUUCAAGGGUGCCAUCGAAGACUUUCUGCUCGAAGGCGCCGUCGAAGUUCGUUCUUCUGCUAAUCAGGCGGUGGCCAAGGCAAUCGAUUGGUUGGCGGCUGAAGCUGCCGCUGCCAAUUCUCUAUUCUUUCCAUUUGAUGAGAAGUACUUGCAACGAUUUGGUAUUUUGAUUUUGUACUAUUCAGUAUUCACAGAGGAACGAGAGCUCGGAGAUGGAGAAGUUUCUAUGCCCAACAUUGGGAUGCGAACACAAGACGAGUGCUUUUGGAGAGGAAUGAAAUGCGAUAAGAAGGGAAGACUGGUCGAAAUCAAGCUGGGUAAUAGACAGCUGGACGGUGUUUUGCCUUCCGAAUGGGGUUUCUUUCCGCGCCUCAAAUCAAUUGAUUUUUCCAAGAAUGACUUGAAAGGAAGCAUCCCAGGAGAGUUGUAUGACAUCAGGGGAUUGGAAGAAGUAUUCAUGUACAAGAAUCAGUUGAGUGGGACCAUUAGCACCAAAAUUGGAAAAUUGUGGAGCUUGAAAAGGUGGCAUGUGAGCCAAAAUAAGCUGAGUGGAUCUAUUCCAAGGGAAUUGCAAUCCCAGGGGAAUAAGCUUCGCCAACUUCGCUACUUCAAUGUUCAUCGCAAUCAGAUGACGGGCUCCAUUCCUUCCAAUCUGCGAUGGCGUCAAAUUGUAUACAUGGACUUGGGCAACAACAAAUUUUCAUCGGAAAUUCCUGAAGAUUUUGGAAGAGAAGCUAUCAGAUUGAGGCAUUUGUACUUGGAUCAUAACAACUUCGAGGGUUCAGUACCCUCAACCGUUUUAAAUUCUGGUGGCGAUCGCAUCCGAACAUUGACACUCAAUGACAACAACUUCACCGGCACCCUACCUGUAAACAACAAUUCCGAGAUAAUUGUCGAACUCACGAUUCAAAACAAUAAUAUUGUUUCGAUGGACAGGAGUAGCUGCCAAUUGGGUGUCUUUUCAGGUGGAGAGCUAGUCGAAUUCAAAUCGGAUUGUCUCGUUUGCCGAUGCGGGUUCGGGUUGAUGUGCCGAAACUGCCAGUUGUAG